AUGGCAUUUGCAAGGAUUGCUAGAACUGGCUUGAGAAGAACAGGAGGCACCUUUGGCAGUUACUCAUGUGAAGGGGAUGUGUUAUUAUGUGAGGGCACCAAUCGUAGAAGUCCCUUGCCUUCCCUUCAAAAUGCUAAAGCUGGGAGAGACUUUACAUACAUUUCCAGCAUCAGGAAGUUUAAUCGCAUGAGUAUGCAGAGCAGGGGAAUCAGGGUCACUCCACAAUACCAAUCUGCAACUGCAGAGAGGAUCGUGGAGGAGUCUGAAUCGGAAUAUGAUGAACCAAUGUAUCCAGGAUUGGAAGCAACCCAGCCAGGUGAAAAGCCAAGGAUAGUUGUCCUUGGUACUGGAUGGGCUGCUUGCCGAUUCAUGAAAGGACUUGACACCAGAAUUUAUGAUGUUGUUUGCAUAUCUCCAAGGAAUCACAUGGUGUUCACCCCUUUGCUUGCUUCAACUUGUGUUGGAACACUUGAGUUUCGCUCUGUAGCUGAACCUGUUAACCGGAUACAAUCUGCAUUAGCAACAAGUCCCAACUCAUAUUUUUAUAUGGCUUCCUGUUUUGGCAUUGACACAGACAAGCAUGAAGUGUACUGUGAGACAGUUAGCAAUGGUGGAUUACCCCAUGAUCCUUACCAGUUUAAAGUUGCAUAUGACAAACUAGUCAUUGCUGCUGGAGCUGAGCCUCUGACUUUUGGUAUCAAGGGGGUAAAGGAACAUGCAUUUUUCCUAAGAGAAGUGAAUCACGCUCAAGAAAUAAGGAAAAAGCUUCUCUUGAAUCUUAUGCUUUCUGAAAAUCCAGGUAUAUCCGAAGCAGAAAAGAAACGCCUUCUACAUUGUGUUGUUAUUGGAGGUGGUCCUACUGGGGUAGAAUUUAGUGGUGAACUGAGUGAUUUUAUCAAGAGAGAUGUUCAGGACCGGUAUACGCAUGUUAAGGAUUAUGUUAAAGUGACCCUAAUAGAGGCAAGUGAGAUUCUGUCAUCCUUUGAUGUUGGGCUCCGGCAAUAUGCAACAAAUCAUUUGACCAAGUCUGGUGUCAGUCUUAUGCGAGGCGUAGUGAAAGAGGUGCACCCCAAGAAGAUAGUUCUCAGUGAUGAGACUAAUGUUCCGUAUGGCCUUUUGGUCUGGUCCACUGGUGUUGGUCCCUCUCAGUUUGUGAAGUCACUAGACCUUCCCAAGGCCCCUGGUGGAAGGAUUGGUAUUGAUGAAUGGUUGCGAGUCUCAUCUGUAGAAGAUGUGUUUGCACUUGGAGACUGUGCUGGUUUUCUUGAAAAUUCAGGUAGACCUGUGCUUCCAGCUUUAGCUCAGGUUGCAGAAAGGCAGGGGAAAUUUCUUGUGAAGUUGCUUAGCAAGAUUGGAAAGAAGGAUGGAGGCAAGGCUUUCAGUGCAAAAGAUAUCCCUCUUGGUGAUCCUUUUGUCUACAAACAUCUGGGAAGCAUGGCAUCGGUGGGCCGUUAUAAGGCACUAGUUGAUUUACGCCAAUCUAAGGAUGCAAAAGGGGUAUCUCUUGCUGGGUUUGUUAGCUGGUUGAUUUGGCGCUCUGCUUACCUUACGCGUGUGGUCAGCUGGAGGAACCGGUUUUAUGUGGCAGUGAACUGGGCAACCACCCUGGUUUUCGGCAGAGACAUUUCCAGGAUAGGAUAG